GCCAAUUCAACUCGCAACUCCGACGGAGUUUAACAUGUCGACAACCUUAGGGCGGUGCCUGGUCGGGCAAAGGUAAAUUCCACUCAAUCGACAAAUACUCACUUUCCAAUUCAACACCUUCUCCUCACUUCGAACUCUUCAUUCCGAAGAUGCACUUUGCCGCUUCAAACUUCGUCCAGCGAUCGGCUCUCAGUCCGCUUUACCGUCGCCAGGCCAUGGGUUUGCUCAAGCGCCAACGGUUCGCUUCUACGGCAUCAACCACGAACCAGCAGGCGAUGGCUGCCGUGACGGCUGAUGCCGGUAAGUUCAAUCCAGAACCGACUGAUGCAACCAACGAACCGGCCUACAAGGCUCACUUCAAGCAAACUCGAGUAACCACUAACGAGAGUGGCGAACCAAUCUGGGAGAACCCGAUCAACCACGCCGUCUAUGAUCUCAAUCAGAUCUCCACCAUGGAACAGACCCACCACCCUAUUACCAAAAUGCACGAACGCGUUGCCUACCUGGCCGUCCAGGCACUUCGUACGGGGUUUGAUAUCAUCUCGGGCUAUCGUGGUCCGGGUGGUGCCAUGACCGAGAAGGACUGGCUUAACCGCUGCCUGUUCCUCGAGUCCGUCGCCGGCGUGCCAGGUAUGGUGGGCGGUAUGCUGCGCCACCUCCGCUCGCUACGCAAGUUCAAACGCGACUACGGCUGGAUCCACACGCUGCUGGAGGAAGCCGAGAACGAGCGCAUGCACCUGCUCAUCUUCAUGAACAUCAAGCAGCCGGGCUACUUGUUCCGUGGCUUGGUCUUGGGAGCCCAGGGCGUCUUCUUCAACGGUUUCUUCCUCACGUACUUGGUCUCCCCCAAGACGUGCCACCGAUUCGUGGGUUAUCUCGAAGAGGAGGCAGUCAAGACGUACACGUGUCUGCUCAAGGACAUCGAGGACGGCCACCUGGACGCGUGGAAGGAGAAGAAGGCGCCGCUCAUCGCACAGACGUACUACAAGCUACCGGAGGAUGCGACCGUGUACGACAUGAUCAAGUGUGUGCGCGCGGACGAGUGCAACCACCGCGACGUGAACCACGAGUUCGCCAACCUGGACCAGAAGACUGGUGUCAGCCCCUUUGUCCAUGGCCACCACUAAAGCUUUAGACUCCAACUGCAUACGUUCUACUCAUUGCUCAGUAGUUCUCGAAGCAGAAGAGAUCUUGAAUAUACUUUACUGCAUGUACUGUGCCUCGUCGCUUUAAGUCGCACAGAGAGAAAAACAGCACGGUCUCAGCUUGCGUACCAUC